AUGCCACUAAGCAUUGCUAAAAUUGCUCUUAACAAACCAGUGAAAAACAGUAAUAAAGCUCUUAAACUCCCAAUACUGUAUGAGAGAAUAAGCACAUUAGUACCUACUACUAAGGAACCUAAAACGCCUAAAACUACAACUACUAAUGAUGCUGAUAAAGUAAUAUAUCCUAAAAUAGUGCCUACUAAGACACCAAUUCCAAAUAAAAUGCCCAACCCUGGCUACAAAACAACUAAUAAAAGAGCUGACGAAGUUGUAAGGCCUACUCAAAAACCAAUUGAAAACAAAACGCCUAGAACUGGUUACAAAACAACUAGUAAGGAGGCUGAUGAAACAAACUCUAAAAUAAAGCCUACCAGAAAACCGUUUUUAAACAAAACGCCCGAAAAAGCUGACGAAACAAGUAAUGAAAACUCAGAUGAAAAUAUAUCGUCCGAUAAGGAACCUAUUAAAAAUGAAACACCCACAACAGUACCAGAACCAGCACCAGAACCAAAUCCAAAAAGACUUAGAACAAGAACAGCACCAGCGCCCAAUGGGAAUGGCGCUAGUAAUUCUGCUAACGGAUAA